AUGAGCCGGUUAGUAGUGCACAAGGAGAGUCUGCCCGCACAAGUGGGCAUAAAGCGUCGCCGUGCCCCUGCGGUGGCUCCCGCGUCCCCCAUAGCUGUUGGCAGGGAAGAGGAUGUCGGCAAGAAAACAUUUCCCGCAACGGAUGAUGCUGACGGUAAUACCACGGACAACAAUCGCCGCGAGCCCGUGGAGACAGACGAUGGUGAGGCGGGAAGAGCACAUCCCGUAGACUCUGUUUCUGAAGGCGAAGAGGAGGAAUCCAGUGAAGACGAAGAAAUGGUGGAGCUGGAGCGGGAACGAAGGCGUAUUGAGCAGCUGCAGCAGGAAAAGCAACGGACGAAGGAGGAAAAAACUUGUGGUGGUUCCGCUGCUGCCGCUCCUCCCGUGCAGGCGACAAGAGCCGGUAGCAGCAACAACAACAACAACGGUAAAAGUACUACUGUUGGGGGUGUCUCUUCUUAUAAUCACGAUGUUUUGUUCCGGAGGCGUGAGUGGCGUGAGCAGAAUAUUGUGACCGCGGCAGACGGGGCAAAAGAUAGUAAAAAGGCGAGGUGGGAGGCGGUGCACAACAGCGCCCAGCGUUCCGCGGCGUUUCGACACUUUAUGAAGAGUCACUUUAAGUAA